GAUAACUGGAAGCUCUGCAGUGCGACUCUGCAAGCAACGUACUUCCCAGAUGAUCACACGGGGGAGCUCAUCGCGCAAGAACCAGGGGUGAUAGUGAAAAAAAAUCCUGAGCCUGAACUUUUUCCCCUGCUCUAACGACGACGACAAGAUACUGCAUAGUGACGUAACGUAGGCCUGUUUUGACAUUAUUCAAGCCUGACAGUAGAAGAAAACCCUGAACCUGUAACACUUUCUGAGGUAAGAAUAACCUAAUGGCUUAUUAUUAUCAAUGUUUGUAUUUUUGCAAAAUCUGUCAAGCCUGAAAUCAGGCAUGGAGCCUGAAUACUAUCAGCCCUGAAGAACUGAGAGACUCACUAGAAAGUUGGGGACUCCGUGAGGAGAACAUGACCUGCAUGACUACAGACAGUGGGGCCAACAUGGUGAAGGCCCUCCAACUUAACAACUGGACUCGUCUUCCCUGCUUUGGGCAUAGGCUGCAUCUAGCCAUUGGUGAGUAGAACUAAACUUAAUACAUGAAUAAUGCAUGUCUGUUAAAAUGUUUUCAAUAUUUAUCUGGAACAGAUUAUUAAAAAAAACUGUUGGGAUUUCUAUGAUUAAAUGUUUCUUCACAUAUGAUAACAAUAAUAAUAAUACAAUUAUUAUUAUUAACAUGUGAUGAUGAUGAUGAUGAUGAUAAAUAAAUAAUUCUGAAUGAAAAAUGUGAGCAUUGCAACACUUUCAUGUUAAUAAUUAAUGGCAGAUUAAAAUGUUCAUUUUGUUAUUUUGGUUUAUUUCUGUCAUUGCAUCUGGGCUGGUUUUUAAAAUGAAAUAUUGUGUGCUCUUCUUUUGUAGAAAACAGUGCCAAAGACCAUCGAGUUGUUCGUGUGACAUCUGUCUGCAAAAAAGUGGUCAGUGCAUUCUCCUUCAGCUGGAAGAAGAAGAGGGAUUUGGUUCAAACUCAAACAGAGCUGAAACUCCCACAAAAGAAACUCAAAACAGAGUCACCAACCAGAUGGGGAUCCAGACUUGCCAUGAUGGAGAGGGUGUUGGAGCAAGAAAGUGCCAUCUCCUAGGUCCUCAAAGCUGACAGGAAGACGCGGCAGUUGGCUCCAUCAUGGCAAGAUGUUGAGGUCAUGGAAUGUGUGAAGAAGGCCCUCGGCCCUCUGAGGGACUUCACUGAUGCGCUGUCUGGGGAGGAUUACGUGAGCGUGUCAUAUGUGAAGCCAGUCCUGCACCUGCUCAAAGUGAACAUCCUCGAGCCAAGUGAAGAGGACAUAGAGCUGACUAACACAAUGAGGACAACAAUCCUGAGCUACCUCAACGACAAGUAUCAGGACCCCACCACUGAUGCACUGCUCGACAUGGCUUCGCUUGUGGACCCCAGGUUCAAGAGCCAGUACAUUGCUACAGAAAAGACGGAGGAAAUACAAGCCAGAGCUGUUUCUGAGAUCGAGUGCUUAUUGAGCACACAACAGCAUUCACUGCCCACCUCCACUUCACAGAAUGAUCCUGAGACAGAAUACCAACCCCCACCAAAGAAGGCAAAGAAAAAAACAUUAGGAAGCCUUUUCAAAACCUCAGGUUCUGCAGCUGACACAACAGGUCCCACCCCAUCUCUGAGAGAGGCAAUCGAGGCUGAAAUGAAGGCCUAUCUUUCCACCCCAAAUGCAGACAGUGAGAUGGAUCCUCUGGAAUGGUGGAAAGUCCACGAGGUACAUUUUCCCAGAGUAAGCAAACUAGCGCAGAAAUACCUGUGCAUCCCAGCCACAAGCUCUCCCUCGGAGAGAGUGUUCAGCACAGGUGGCAACAUCGUGACUUGUCAAAGGGCUACUCUAAAGCCAGACAAGGUGGACAAAUUGAUUUUUCUGUCAAAAAAUCUGUGACGGGGAAACUGAAUUUCCCCUCUAUCAGGAGGAGCACCCUGAUAUUUCUUUGCACUAGAGUGUUGCACUACUUUUUGCUUUGGACAUUUUUUUUAAAGCGAUUUUGUUAUUUUGAUAAUCAUGUAAGUUGAUUUUAAAUCAUGUGAAUAUAGCCAGCAACAGUUUGUGUACUUGAACAUUUCAUAUUUUACUUUCUCUUUUAUAUUCUAAGAGAAUGCACUUUAUCAGAGUGAGAAUGUUCUUUUUAUCAGAAUGAUGUUCAUUUUUAUCAGUGAGAAUGUUUACUUCAUCAGUUGGGAUGUUUAGUUUAUCACAGUGUUUCUCACUUUGUCCCAGUGAUUUUACAGACUUAGUAGUCUUCACUUUUAUUUUGUUGUUUUGAAUCAUAUUCCAAUAGUGCACUUUAUCAGCGUUGUGUGUUUUUUACAUUUUAUUUUGUUUACAAUGUUUGCAAUAUCGUUCAUUAAAAUCUUCUGAGAAAGAAAGCUUUGUAGCCCCGUUUUUUUUUUUUUUUUUGAAUAUCGUGAUAAAAUAUCGAAAUCGUGAUCUCAUGCAAAAAUAUCGUGAUACAAUUUUUUUCCCAUAUCGCCCACCCCUAUGUCACAUUACAUUUAAGGUAUCGGCCGAUAUUUGCUUUUUUUUUUAAAGUGUAUCGUAUCGGCCGAUACGCGUGUGGUUUUGGCCGAUAAGCAAUAUUUAUUAUUUUAUGUCAUUCGACACUAUUUUUUUUAUUUCUUGAUUGUUAGACAUUACUUGAUUGUUAGAGUGGGUGUUUAAAUGUUACAAGUUCUACCUCAAUUUGAUAAUGUUAUAGGAAUGUUUAUUUUUAACUUGAGACCUGCAAUAUGUCAUUUUUAAACUUUUUUUUUAACCCAUAUCGGCCCCAAAUAUCGGGUAUCGGAAAUCGGGUAUCGGCCAAGGGUGAUGGAAAAAAAAAAUCGGUAUCGCAUUGGCCAUUAAAAAACCUGUAUCGGUCGACCCCUGAUUACAUUACAUUAAAUUAUUUAGCUGGCCUGUCCAGCAUUGUGGUGGGACCCUAAAUACACAAAUAUCAUCUCUCAUAGGCACACACACCUGACAGUUAUUACAUUACAGUUGAAAAAGGUAGGUCUGCACACUGCCGUUAAGCUAAAAAAAUAAAAUAAUUGUUAUUUAAAAAGUAACGUCUCGAUCACCCUGGAUCUUCAUCAGGCGGCAUGUCUGACUUUUGUCUGGCACCUGCAACAAGUGUUUUUGGAUGUGCGCACCCUACCCAAAACUACUGGAGUUAUUACAUUACACACAUGGUCAACAUUUACAAUAUACAUGCAAAACUAAAUUUAAUUCACGCUUGAUUGCAUUCGGUCAGACCCACAUGGCUAGUCAUCACAUUAUGGAAUACAGUUCAUCAUAGCUUACAAAUAUAUGGAGUAUUCUUUGACGAUUGUGGUUUUAGCACUUUAAGGUUGGAUAUACAGUACAUUCUUGAUUAUCAGCAACACAAAUCCUAGAGAAUACAUACAUCUAUCAUGAACUCUAAGAUUGGCGCUUAUUUCAACACCAUGAUAAUCAAACCAGAACUGCUUCAAGGUGUUUGGACAUGUCAACAGUAAAUGGCUAAUUCAUAAACAUUGUAUAAUAACGACAACUGCUUUUGCACUGCACAACUCAACAUGAAUACCAAGGGCAGCAAUAGUUUUUUUGCAGAGCAAUGUGUGCAAAAUGGCAUUCAUAUGAACACCACCAAGGUCUGUUGGUACUCAAUGGCAAUCAGGUCAACUGAUUAUGUACAACUACUUCUUUAAAAGGGCAAUGUGAUUCAGUUGACCGGUCAGAUGGAGUUCUGACACUUGCCCACUGGUCAACACACACACACACACACACACACACACACACAACUUUGCCCUACCCUUGUCAACAAACUACACAUUACAAUCUUAUCAUUUCGGUCAGUGUGUGCGGUCCCAAUGUCCCAAACACACACCUGCCUUGUCACGUGUGGUUUGACAUAGCACGCAAAUCAAACAGCUUU